AUGCGAUGUUUCAUGUUUCUUUUUACUCUACCAUACACUUCGAGAACGUUGUUUAUUUCAAGCAACAACUGCUCAAUUUCGUCGUCAUCAUUAAAAAGACUUCUCAAAUUGGAAGAGGUAUCUGAAAACUUGUACGACGCAAUUUUUUUUAUUUCGCCUGAUUCGACGAUGUUUCAACGUUACUGUUAUCUGAUUCGUAUUUCAAAACUUUGUGAUGUUUUCUGGGGUAUCUGUAGAUUCAUGAGGCUCUUUAAAGCCAUGAGUGAACUUUGCCAAGGUCAUUGA